AUGUCUUCGAUAAUAGCCAACGUCUCUUCAGUCCCGUUGGACGGGUCGCCUAUAAAUAACACUGUCCGUAGCAUCACAGGGCCCAUAAUGCCAAUUGACGGCGACGUCUUCACAGACGCCAAGCACGGGGCUUUGUUCGUUAAACCUUCAUAUAUAAUUAAGGAGGCGAGCCGGCCGGCCUCACUAAAACACAUAAAUCAUAAUAAUUUAAUGCGCUCGGAGCCUUUCUCGCGCGGUGCUCCUAAAGAGUUUUUUCCGAGGCGCGGCCGUAAGGGCAUCUGCGCCCCCUCCGCCUUAACCCGAAACGAC